UUGAUGUAGGUGGGGCCCGAGGUCUCCGUGGCUCUCAGAAGCAGGUGCAGCCAGAGGGUGGAGACCCGGGGAGCCAGGGUCAAGGUGGACGGUGUGAAGGCCGCGGGAGACCCUCAGGGGCCACCACUCUGCACCUCCGUCCUCUCGCAAAGACUGAGCCAGAGCCACCCGUGCUGGAGCCGAGGGUGGACAUGUUCAGCUCAGGUAUGACCGUCAGCGGCCCACCUGCGGAUCUCAGCGCUACAGAAGCCGGCAGGCCCGGGAGGAAGCAGCUCAGCGGAGUCCAGAGCCCCUGCCCGUCUGCUGCAGCCGCGGCCCGGCACAAGGCCCUCAGCAUAAAGGACAAGAUAUCCGAAUGGGAAGGGAAGAAGGAGUCGCCUGCUCCCGCACCUGCCAGGAGAGCAGACGGGGCAGCGGGACACCUGCAGCCCUGCGCAGGGGAGAGGAGAGGCAGAGAUGGCGGCGGGAGAGCCCAGACCGAGCGGGGUGGAGGGAGAGUGACGGCCAAGCGCCAGGACGCGGCGCCGAGGCCAGACCUCAGCCAGCCAGACGGGGAGCCGGAGGCCGGCUGGGGCCGGAGCCAGGAGCCACGGUGUGGCAGGCGCCUGCCGAGCGAUCAGCUCUCGGUGCUGAAGCAGGUCGAGAAGCUGGAGCAGGCUCUGAAGGACGGCUCGGCCGGGCUGGACCCCCAGAUGCCGGGGACCUGCUAUUCCCCACAUUGCCUGCCUGACAAGGCGGAGCAGGGGCUCCCCGCCUCUGAGAGCCACGGAGGCAGGGCUGGCUCGGGGGGCAGCCAGAGGGGCCAGCCGUGGGACCUGGGGGCCAGGGAGCCUGCCCCUGAGGCUGCCGAGGAGAGGCAAGGCCCAGAGAACGUGUACGGGGGCUCGGAGGGGUCGCCCCCGCAGCCCUUCAUCAACCCCCUUCCCAAGCCCCGGAGAACGUUCAGGCAUGCCGGAGAGGGGGCCGAGGACGGGCACCCAGCCACCGGCUUCCGGAAGGAGAGAAGAACCCUGCCCCCUCUGCCCGCCCUCCCUCCCCCACCCCUGCCCUCCUCGCCCCCACCUGCCGCCGUGACCAGGAGACUGGGGAACGGGAGGCAGAAGCCCAGCGCUGACCACAGAAAGUCCUACGAGUUUGAAGACCUGCAGUCCUCCUCGGAGAGCAGCAGGGUGGACUGGUACGCGCAGACCAAGCUGGAGCUCACACGCACUUUUUCAGAGGAGAACGUCUAUGAGGACAUUCUGGACCCGCCCGCGAAGGAGAACCCGUACGAGGACAUCGAGCUGCACGGCCGCUGCCUGGGGAAGAAGUGUGUCCUGACCUUUCCCGGCUCCCCCACGUCUCCCAUCCCCGACACGCCCACCAAGCAGUCGUUGUCCAAACCUUUUCUCCGGCAAAAUUCCGAGAGGAGGAACUUCAGACUCCUGGACACCAGGAAGCUGAGUCGGGAUGGAACUGGGUCCCCUUCCAGAGUGAGCCCCCCCUCCACGCCCAGCAGCCCCGACGACACUUUCUUUAACCUUGGAGACCCACAGAACGGCCGGAAGAAGAAGAAGAUCCCCAAGCUGGUGUUGCGAAUCAACGCCAUCUACGAGGCCCGGAGAGGGAAGAAACGCGUGAAGAGGCUGUCCCAGUCCACAGAGAGCAACUCAGGAAAAGUGACAGACGAGAACAGCGAGUCUGACAGUGACACCGAGGAGAAGCUGAAAGCCCACAGCCGCCGCCUGGUCCACGUGAAGUCCCGGCUGAAGCAGGAUCCUCGGUACCUGGCGCUUGACCGGGAGCUCAUCGAGUACCAGGAGAGGCAGCUCUUCGAGUACUUUGUGGUCGUGGCCCUGCACAAGAAGCAGGCGGGGGCUGCCUACGUGCCAGAGCUCACCCAGCAGUUUCCUCUGAAGCUGGAGAGGUCGUUCAAGUUCAUGAGAGAGGCGGAGGACCAGCUGAAGGCCAUCCCCCAGUUCUGCUUCCCCGACGCCAAGGACUGGGCUCCUGUGCAGCAGUUCACCAGUGAAACGUUCUCCUUUGUCCUAACCGGAGAGGAUGGGAGCAGAAGGUUCGGGUACUGCCGCAGGCUGCUGCCUGGAGGCAAAGGGAAGCGUCUGCCCGAGGUCUACUGCAUCGUGAGCCGCCUGGGGUGCUUCAGCCUCUUCUCUAAGAUCCUGGACGAGGUGGAGAAGCGACGCGGCAUCUCCCCGGCCCUGGUGCAGCCCCUCAUGAGGAGCGUCAUGGAAGCCCCCUUCCCAGCCCUGGGCAAGACCAUCGUCGUGAAGAACUUCCUGCCUGGCUCAGGGACCGAGCAGGUGAUCGAGCUGUGCCGCCCGCUGGACUCCCGGCUGGAACACGUGGAUUUCCAGUCUCUGUUCUCGUCUCUGAGCGUCCGCCACCUGCUCUGUGUGUUCGCCUCGCUGCUCCUGGAGAGGAGGGUCAUCUUCAUUGCAGACAAGCUCAGCACCCUGUCCAAGUGCUGCCACGCCAUGGUGGCGCUCAUCUACCCGUUCAGCUGGCAGCACACCUACAUCCCGGUGCUGCCGCCCACCAUGAUCGACAUCGUGUGCUCUCCCACCCCCUUCCUCGUCGGGCUGCUGUCCAGCUCACUGCCGCUGCUCCGGGAGCUGCCACUGGAGGAGGUCCUUGUGGUCGACCUCGUCAGCAGUCGGUUCCUCAGACAGAUGGACGACGAGGACUCCAUCCUGCCACGGAAGCUGCAGGUGGCCCUGGAGCACAUUCUGGAGCAGAGGAACGACCUGGCCAGUGAGCAGGUUGAGGGGCCCCCGGACUGCAAGCACGGCCCCGAGUCCAGCCCCUUGAACGAGGUGGUCUCCGAAGCCUUUGUCCGCUUCUUCGUGGAGGUCGUGGGCCACUACUCCCUGUUCCUGACGCCGGGCGAGCGCGAGGAGCGGACGCUGCAGCGAGAGGCCUUCCGCAAAGCCGUCUCCUCCAAGAGCCUGCGCCGCUUCCUGGAGGUCUUCAUGGAGACCCAGACGUUCCGAGGCUUCAUCCAGGAGCGGGAGAUGCGCCUGCAGGAUGCCAAGGGUCUGUUUGAGGUCCGAGCCCAGGAGUACCUGGAGACCCUGCCCAGCGGAGAGCACAGUGGUGUCAAUAAGUUCCUCAAGGGGCUGGGCAAUAAGAUGAAGUUUCUGCACAAGAAGUAGCCUCAGCUCGGCCCCGAGGAAGCCCUGGCAGCAUGAACACGGGCUGUGCACAGCUCCUGGCAGCAGAGGCUGGGCCGCCCCCAGGCCGCCCUCCCUCGGGUCGGCACUGGAAAGGGAGCGAGGACCAGGCACGGCGCCCCCGUGCCAGCGAGCGUGGCGGUGGCUGGAUUCUGGGGACUGGGUUUCUAACCUUCGGUAUUAAAAAAGA